AUGAAGAAACAACGCCUUCCAAUGACUGCCUCAAACUCGAUGCCUAUCAACUCCCGUUCAUCGUCCUUGAAUUCCAGAUCACAGAUCGAGGCGGAGCUCGAACAAGUUUUCAAGAAAUUCGACGUUAAUGGCGACGGAAAGAUCUCGGCUUACGAGUUGGGUUCGAUUAUGGGCAGUUUCGGCCACCCGGCGACGGACGAAGAGCUCGAGAUCAUGAUCAAGGAGAUGGAUGCCGACGGUGAUGGGUUCAUCAACCUGCAAGAAUUCAUUGAACUAAACACGAAGGAUAUCGAUUCGGAUGAGGUGCUCGAGAAUCUUAAGGACGCCUUCUCGGUUUUCGACAUUGACAAGAAUGGCUCGAUAUCAGCCGAGGAAUUGCAGAAUGUGUUGAAGAGUCUUCGAGAAGAAUGCACAUUGUCCGAGUGCAAGAAGAUGAUAAGUGGGGUGGAUGCAGAUGGCAACGGCAUGAUCAGUUUCGAUGAGUUUAAGGUCAUGAUGAUGAUGGGAUCGCGAUUUGACGCCACCGAGGAACCCAAGAUUGGUUGA